AUUGAGUCCCUACGGCAUCCCCAAUCCCACUCAAACCAAAAUUCAACAGCAAAACAAGCUACUUCAAGCCAGAGACUGAAAACAGAAUUCACGUGUACCCAGUGAGGAGGCCUUUUGCACCUACGGCUGGGUCCUGCCUGGGCCGAGCUGUUGGAGCCCCAAAGAUGAUUGGGGAAUUUUGUCAAGCUCGGGGCCACAUCUAGGUCCUCACUCUGGCACCUUCCAAGCCCGAGGGGCAGAGACCUGAAUACCAGGAAACUAAGUGCAAUUACUAGAAGCUGAGUCACUGGGGUGCCACUGCACUGUCAGGGGCUGGGCCAGAGUCCUUGUCCCCACACUGCUGCACACUCCCCUGGCCGCGGCAGUGUGCCCAGCUGGACACAGACUCAUGUACAUAUGUCUCCACGAACUGUGCUCUGUGUAUCCCGGAAUCUGUCAGCCAGAGUGAGCUGCAAAUGUCCCUUGAUCUGAACCCAAAGUCAAGCCCCAGUCAGCAAAACCUUUCAAGAUCCCUGUGCAGCUGAUCUGGCAGGUGGUGACCAAAGUGGGGGGGGGGGGAGAGCAGGACUCUAACCAGGGACAGGAGCCUUGCCCACUGCGGAGGGCGGAUCCAAGGAUCUCAGAUGUCCAGGAAAGAAGCCAAGACCCCAUCACUCUCCUGGAUGUGACGUGGUGAAGGCCUCCGCACGGCUGUCCAUGGGGCGAGGACAGAGAGAAGGUGCACGCAGUCCCCGACCGCCCCGCUUCCGCGCUGUCUUGCAUCUAGGUUGUAAUUUGCAAGACGCUGUCGAGGGAAGAUGCAGGAAGGUGGAGUGUUCUGGGGAGCAGCGGUGGGGAACUAGGCUCCCCCUGCAUUGGCGUGACAGCAUGGCUGCCCUCUCUCAGUUGUGGAGGAGGGAGCCCUUCCUGAGACCGCCUGGAAUGGAACCUCCUAGCAGGGAGGCGGGGCAGCAGCUGCUGAAAUUGCGGGCCCCCAGGCAGAGCCCAGGAGAAGGGGCCGGGUGGCACUGGCGGGACAGGUGGGUGAGGGGCUCCAGAAGUCCCUGCUCACGCGACUCCUCUCUCCAAAACUUCUGGAAGGAGAGAAUUAGAGUAGACGAAGGACAACAGGAGGUGGAGAAGGGGAAGGAAGCAGAAGCAGCAGGAACGGGUCGGUCCCAGGGACAGCACGGUUGGCUGCUCCGUGGCUGCUGGGCUGUGAGAGUGACCCGCGGGUUUCUGGUAAGAAGAGACGUUGGAGGAAACAGAAGUGACUGAAAUUCAGGCCGCAGAGGGGUCGGCGGAGCUGAAAGUUCUCAGAAAGGCAAAGCUGAGGAUGGAGAAGGCGGUGACCGUGUGCACAGCCAGAUGGGGAAGGAUGUCCAAACCACAAAGAAUCGAGGGGGCUCGAAGUGAACACGCACAGGACGGCUGAGGAGCGACCCUUCUCUUUUGAAAUCUAAAUCCAGAGCACCUGCCCCUCGGUUCCCACAACUUACCAACAUCCAGUGACCAAAUGUGAAUCAACUGUUGUCUUUGCUUGGAGACAGGCAUCUGAGCAUCCCCCGUGGUGAUGGGAGUGUGGGACCGGGCAGUGAGGGCAAAGGAACACACAUUGGCUUUACCCGGGGCCCGGCAGCAUGGAGAGCCACUGCUCUGCUAACUCAGGGGACAGAAGUCCGGGAGUGCACACGGCUCUCCGGCAAGCAUUUCUGUGGCACCGAGGGUCCACCCCCUCCCCACUGCCGGAGCAUCCAGGAGCGCGGUCCUCAAGCCCUCCUGUGCGCAUCUUUCUGUCCGCUCGGCUCUCCCACUCAAGACAACAGGACGGGGAUGGUGUUGGCUUUGACGUCAGACCCACGCGGGCCCACCCCCAGCCUGGCCCCUUCCCUGCAGUCGAUGCUGGCAAAGUUUUUGCCGCUCUGAGUCUUAAUUUCUUCUGGGGGAUGGGGGUGAGAGUCCCUCCGCAGCGCCUCACCCCUGCUCUCUGCGGGGCACAACUAGACAGUUAGACCCAAAGGGCUUCCGGACACUGGCAGGAGAUGCGACAGCCACGUGGUUCCCUCCGCGGGACUCGUCCUCAAAGGAGACCCAACAGCCCGCGGGGGACCGGGAGCCAUUCUCUGAGACAGCUCGGGUGCAAGGGAGUGAGACCGCACAAGCAGGGAUAUUUUCCUGCGCAAUCUGAAGGUCCUGCAGCCUCCCAGAACUCUCCAGAAGUUGGAGCUGCAAGUCCACUUAAGGUUAUUAAGACUUGACCCAUGAACUACGCCCGUGAUGGAGUCCGCAGGUCAAGGGCGGACUCAGAAAAGUUUCAGCUACGUUGUCAGAGCCCCCGGCAGCGAUGGGUUUGAUGUCAUGAACGUGGAUGUGAAGAUCGACACGUCCUGGGUGUUCCAGGAUGUAGAGGAGGGUGGCGAGGGGCCAAGCUGUCCUCCCGCAGCUGGACGCCCAGACCUGGACACGGGCUCGCUGAGCAAGCAGCUGGAGUCCUCCGAGCGGAAGCUGGUGGCUGCUGUGGACAAGUACGUGACGUCGGAGUCCGGGCUCAGGAGCAGAAUCCAGGAGCUGGAGCUGUCCGAGAGGCAGCUCCUCCGGAGGGUGGACCAGCUGAGCGCCCGCGUGUUGCAGGAAAGGAGGGAGGCUGCCCGGGCCCAGGAGGAGCUCCAGGUCCUGCAGGGGGAGCUGGCCAGCCAGGUUCUGGAGAAGGAGCGCGCGGCCCGGCGGCAGCGGUGGCGACUGCGGCGGCUGCGGGAGCGGCUGCGGCCGGUGCGCGGGUUGCGGGAGCAGCGCGCCACGGAACGCCGGCUCCGCGGGCAGCUGGAGGAUCUCCGCUGCCGCGUCUACGCGCUCGAGCUGUCGGAGAUCGGCCUGCAGGGCCGCGUGGAGGACCUGGCGCAGCAAAACCGCAGCCUGCGAGAGGAGCGGGGCGCGCUGGCCCCGGGGGAGAGCGCGCGCCGCAGCGUCGCUGCCCGUCCCUGCAGCCCGGACGCCCUGAGCCAGCUUGGGGACGAGCCGCUGCCCCUGCCCGGGGAGGGCGCCCUGGAUGCCCGCCGGAGCCCCAGCUCGCAAACCACCCUCUGCUCCGCUGGUGCCCCUGGACCCGGUGGCUUAACAGGCUGGCCCUCCGAGGGGUGCUGCUCCCAGGACUGUGGUGGGGCCGGACGAGGCCUGGAGACCACAGACAAGUCCCUGGAAGAUGUCACAGGAUCUGACCUUGGACGGGCUCCGGCCGAGCCCAGCUUAGAUAAGCAGACUCUUCUCACCCUUGGCUGCCCUCCCAGGGAUGGCUCGCUCCUCCCGGUGGAGCUGGCCUGGACUUCGGAGCAGAGAGUAGCCGCUGUCCAGGUCCUGGUGCAGACAUCCACACUCCCUCCCUGGGGGCCGGCCGGGGACCCCCCUGCCCUGCCACCGCCGCCGCCUCUCUGGGAGGCUUCUCCACCAGAAUCCCAGGUGCGACGGGUCCUGGACACCAGGUUCCCACCUGCUCCCAGAGCCAGAGGACCCGCCUGCCGCAAUCACCGCUGGGCAAGCAGCCAGGAGGCCUCCCUCUGCCCCGAGCGCCCGCAGAUCACAAGUCACCAACUCAAGGCACCCAGAGAUCCGAAAGGCCCUUGGAAGGAGGAGGGAGGGCCCCCAGAGUGGAGAACUGAGGAGCAGACGGCAAGGAGGACUCUGGGCAGGGAGGAGGAAGACCUCGGUGACAAGAGCAAGCCAAGUCAGGAAAGCCGAGAGGACCCGGGCCCGGUGGACGGCGUCAGAGCCCCAGGGGGCGUGCCCACCAAGAAUGGGGCUUCAGAAACCCCUGCCUCCGCCUCCUGCCCUUGGUCCAGGCCAAAGCUCCCAUUGCUGCUUCUGCAGGGAGAGGCCUCAGUGUCAACUGAGGGCCCCCCACCCCUGAGCGGGGGUCGGAGGGAAGGAGGGCUUUCAUCAUCAGAGGAGGAAGAGACUCCCCCAGCCCGGGCCCAGGGCUCCCAGAGGCCGUCUCCAGCAGGCGCUCAGCCCUGUGCAGGGCAGGGCGAGGACACGCGUGUGUGGUCUGGAAACACCCUGGAUGUGCAAGCAGGAAGCGCUGGGCACCAAAGGCACGAAGAGAAGGAGGAGAAGGCAUCGCCUCCAGAAGGGUCUUGCCUGGGCCCCAGGGGUGCCCCAGGGGAGCCUGGCCCCGAGGAGCGUGAGCCCCAGGAAACGCUCUUCCCAGCGGCAGACGGAGGUCUGACACUGUCUCCCCGAUUGGCCUUUCCACCCAGGGGAACGGAGCCCCCCAGUGACCCAUGGGCUCUGAGCCAAGGACCUGACAGAUCUGAGCUCAGAACAGACGACGACUUUGAAAAGGAGGCGGAAACUUCUUUCCGGCAACUCUUCAUCCCGGAGCGUGGGGGCGGGGGUCGAUGGUGGCCAACCUCCAGGCUGGCCGGAGAGAGCAGGAACUCAGCUCGGAAACGGCCUGGCCGCCAGGACAACGCUCGCUCCCAUCAGGCUUUGACAAACCAGGGAUGGGAUAUGUGUUUGGCCAGGGAGGUCAGACCCGGGGGGACUAGUGAACAGGUUGCCCCGGGAGGGACGGAGGUCCUGGGAGCCAACGCCCUUCUCCCGGGGACGGUGCUCGAUUUGGAUGACGCGUGUCCGAGCCCAGAGCGGCCCUCCAGGCUGGCGGGAAACCAGGCCUCCCUGGCGCUAGGAGCCCUUGAAGGAGAGAGGAGGUUUCACCAGGUCAUUUCCAGGCUGGAGAAGGAGAGAAGCCAGGAGUCACAUGAGAGCGCCGAGCCGAGGGGUGACAGAGAGAGAGGCCACAGCAAAGCGUGCGCCCUCGAGACAGAGAGGGAGAGAAAUGCGACGGAGAUAGCCACGCUCGAACAGGAGAAGAGCAGGCUCUCAGGAGAGGUCUCUCACCUGAAGAGGGAGCUGGGCCAAUAUUGGCAGGUCAUCUCUGACCUGGAAGACUGCAACGGGAAAAGUUACGGCAAAAUUUCCGAGCUCGAGGAGGAAAACGAGCAGUUGAAAAGGCACCUGGCCCAGCUUCAGAAAGCCAUGGCCGAGAGCGCCAGGAAGUCCAAAGGCCUGAUGGAGCACGUCACGCUGGAAAAGCAGGAGCUCAAGGCGCUGAUCUCGGAGCUGGGGGUCACUUACAAGGAGCUGAUGAAGGGUGUGGUGCUGGGCAUAGAAGACACGGUCCAGGCCUUCAGGGGGGAGAACGCCCAUCUUCUGAGCAGGAUCCGCGUCCUGGAGACAGAAGUCGCCUUGGGGGCCAGCACGGCUGUGGGCCGCCUGGUGAGAGCUGAGGAGGGUCCACACGGGGAAAGCAAGAUGCUGGGGCACAAGGCGAGUGCUGUGGAAAGGGGGGUACAGGUGACUCAGCUUUCUGGGCAGCUGACUGCAGGAGCCCACGGGCCGCCCUUGGAGGAGAAUCCAGUUCCGACUGACAGGUGCACGGGGCCCUCCUUGGGCACAGAGAACUCCAGAAGUGAUGCCAAUUCUGCCACUUUGUCGCUGGUGUGGGGAAGUGCAGAAGUACCCAGGGGUCCGCGAGGAAACAUCAAGGGAGCAGGAGUGGAAGAAGUACGUUUGGAAAAGGAGAAAAGACCGUGGUGUUCUGCAGACCCAGCGCAAGCUCUGAGGGCCCUGAGCAAUGGCCUCCAGAGUGGCUCACACCCCGGCCAGGUGCACGAGGCAGAGGUGACCUUCCCAGGUGACCUUCCCAGGCUGCCGCAGAUGAGAGGUGGACAGCCACCACUGGGGACACGAGUCCGGAAGCCUUGGAGCUUCGGGCUCCUGGAGGGACUCAGAGUCUAUGCAGUGGUGAUGUGGAGGGGCUUUAUCAAGCCUCAGCUGCAGCAGCAGAAUCUGAGAAUGAGCUGGGCACUCAGCACGUUGCAGAAUGUUCCACGUGUGCGGACAGCUGUGCUUUCAGCGUUCUCUACGAAUACGGAAAAUGCUCCUGACUUGAUAGUGAAGGGGAAAAGCAGGAUACAAAAGAUAGAUACGCCGCGGGACCUGGCGGCAGACGCCCCCAGAGAGGACCUCAGGCUGUGCAUUGGGCGCCUCCAGCACCAGGUCCUGACCCUGCGCUGCCAGCUCAGGGACCAGGCGUCUGCCCACCGGGAGCUGCAGGUGUCACACGGGGAGGCCACCCGCCUCCGGGACCAGCUCAAGGGCGAGCUUGAGGAGCUUCAGAAAAAGCAACAUGAGGCGAAUUCCGCUGUGGCUCCUUUGAAGGCCAAGCUGGCUUCUCUGGUCCAGAAGUGCAGGGAGAGGAACUGCCUGAUCACGCACCUACUCCAGGAGCUGCGCGCACACGGGGUGGCGGGUGCCCUGCUCUCCGAGACGGCGCGGAGCAUGGUGGACGACGCGGCGCUGGCUGAGUACGCGGCCACCUUCCUGGCUCCGGGGACCCCAGAGGCCAGCACCCCCCUGGCCGUCGAGUCUGAGACAGCAGCAGCUGUAAGAGCCCAGAAAUACCUCCCAAAGCCCCACACGGACAGCACCAUCAUCCAAAGACCUCUGCAUUCAGAGCCCUGGGCUGUUCCCGAGGCUGAGCGGCCAGCACCGAGCACAGCUAGACCGGAUUCUCCACAGCUUUCCUCACCCUCGGGGCCGGCGCCGGAUCCCGGAGCAUGUCCAGAGCCGGAGUGCCCUGCUCGAAGCCUGGAAGGGGAAGGCGGGCUGUCCCGUCCCGUCCGAGCCGAUGACGUCCGGCCGCCCACGGAGCUCCUGAGCCCUGCGAGGAUCCUGGCGUUCCACAGAGAGCUGAGACAGAGCAUUUGCAGCAAUCCCCAGGUCAAUAAAUCACCGCUGGAAUUAUAAAUUUAAUAGAACCGCUCAUGCUCCGGGGCCAUUUCAUAGACUCCAUAAAUAUUUGAAGCAGAGCCUUCAGACACAGCUUUAAGAAAUUGGUAGCAAUCAAAGCCCUCAUCCUGUGGCAAGUGGUUUGGCCUCGGGCGCGGGGUCCGUGAUGGUGGUCAGAGCUUGGGAGAGGCAUCGGCCUGUGCCUCGCUCAUUCUGAGAGGCCGUGCCUCCCGUGAAGGCAGCAAAGGAAAUAUCUGUGUCUGUUGUACCAAAACCUAUUGAACCACUGGCCCGGUGGUUCUCAGCUGGGUGUGGUUUUUCCCAACCAGGGAAAACUUUGGCAACAUCCGGAGACAUUUCUUAUUAUCGUAACUUAGAAACUGCUCCCGGCAUCUAGCGUAGAGGCCAGGAUGCUGUUAAACACCCCGCAAUGCACAAGACAGUGUCCUACGACACGGGCUAUCCAGCCCAGAUGCAGCAGUGCCGGGGCUGGGGCCCCCUGGGCCGGUCUAAUAGCCCCUAAGAUUGUCAGCCACAGAGAACCGUUUUAUUUUCCUGCCCUUGGGGCCCCUCCCCGCGUUUUAAAAGAUUUUAGCCUACUAAAUGAAAUACUUGAUUUAAGUAAUUAUAUAUUUUACAUUUCAAAGCAUUAAAACCCAUCAGAAUUUUUUA